GUCCGGCGCGGUAUCAUUGUUGAGCGAUCGCUCGCUAUCUGGAAAUGGAGUGUUAGUUUCAAAUAGAGAUUGUGUGGGUGUGAAGUGUACUGAAGAUCGAGGUUUUUCUUCUUACUAACUUUGUCAAAGAGGCUAAAAAAACAAUAAAUGACCAACGAAACUUCGAGUGAGUAGGAUAAGGAGGAGUAGUCGGAGGAUCUUAGAAGGAAAUUAGAGAAAAAAGAGCAGCAGCUCAGUAAUAACACCUAGGCUUUUGAAUUAACUCUGCGAUUUGGAAGACGGAGGAAAUGAAAGUAGAAGAAGUUAUCGAAACUCGGAACCACAUGUUCAAUCUUUUUUUAGCGGUUUCCCCAGAGACCUUUAUCAUUAACGCAACCUUCAUUUUGCUCAUUCAUGGAGUUGUAUUUAGUACCUCUAAGAAAGAUGAUUAUCCACCGUUAGUUAGUAAUGUGGGUUGGCUUGGAUUACUUAGUGUUCUAAUAACCUUGCUUCUGCUCGCCGCUGGCGCACCUCUCCUAACUAUUGCCCAUUUAUUCUGGAAUAAUUUUUUUAGGAGGGACAAUUUUACAUAUUUCUGCCAAAUCCUUCUAUUAUUAAGUACGGCUGGUACCAUUUCGAUGUGUUUCGAUUUUUUCGAAAAAGAGAGGUUUGAUGCUUCUGAAUUCAUUGUAUUAAUUCCACUUCCUACUCGCAGUAUGCUCUUAAUGAUCCCGGCUCAUGAUUUAAUUGCCAUGUAUUUAGCUAUUGAGCUUCAAAGUUUAUGUUUUUAUGUGAUCGCAGCAUCAAAAAGAAAGUCUGAAUUUUCCACGGAAGCCGGCUCAAAAUAUUUGAUCUUAGGUGCAUUUCCCUCUGGAAUAUUAUUGUUCGGGUGCGACCGGACUACUACCGAUCAAUUUUUAGGAACUUAUUUAUAGACUUGUAGAGACCCUCUACGUAGUUGUAAUUCUAGGGCAAUCGAUCCACUUUCCCCAUAGCCCUAAGGCUGUGUCUCGAUCUCCUACGCGCGAAAGAUAAGAUACGGGAGACGGGGUCCUAUGGUAUGGGUCUUCGACCCUUGGUCUAAUUCCACGACGGAGAGUCGGCGUGGCGUAAAGUGAAGAUUGGGGGGAAUAGAGCGAAAUCCCCGUCUGGGGUAUUCCGAAGGUGUAACCUAGGCAACGAAAAAGGGGCCCGAUACUUCAACUAAAGGAGCGACCUGUUGGUUCACCAAACCCCGACCCAGUGUCACACGUUCUCCAGGUCCGAAGGGAUCCAGUGCCCAACUACCGACUCCUCCCGGAAUUGCGUUAUCGGAGCCGAGCCAGGAAUAGCCGUUAGUGGACACCUACCACUUUUCACCGGUUAGAGAGGCCCUCUUUAAUACAUUAAGAAAAUAUGUUCACAGGGGCCAGAAAGACUCGGUCAUAGGAACUUAGACCACCUACGCGCUGGUAAACGAAAACCACCUCGACCGGAUCUACCGAACGAAGAAGGCCGCCCCGUCGAAAGAAUUAACACGCCAAAAGGGCCACCAGCUUUCCCCCAAAAAGGGGAGAUCCGCUGCUUACUGCUCACGGAAACAUCCGACCUUAUGGUCAAGUCGUCCGCCUAUCUUUCUGAUCUCAUUCGUUUUCCGAUCGCAUAAAAAGUCAUGAGAUCAAAAAAGAAAUGUGAGAAUGUAGUUACAGAUGUAAAAAAAGUAAAUAUCUCGU